CAGAUCUAUUGCCAGUCAAAUUCCUCCCAAAGGGCUCGGUGCACGCAGAGAAUAGGAGGAGCAUCAGCAGCAUUACAGACUGCAGCAAACACAUCUCAUGCAAAAGACAGAAGAGAAGAGAGGAGAGAAGAGAGAAGAGAAGAGAGAGAGAGGAAUGAGAGAAAACUAUGCUGCUUGAGGAAGAAAAUAUAUAAACUGACAAUCAAAUAUAUCAGGAGUUACACAAGCAACAUGUCUCGGUCACCAGGAAGAAAGCAGGAGAAUCACAAAAUCAGCAGAGAACUUUUUGUGCUCACAUAUGGAGCUUUGGUAGCCCAGCUGUGCAAGGACUAUGAAAAAGAUGAAGAUGUCAAUGCCUGUUUAGAUAGAAUGGGAUACAGCAUUGGCAUAAGGCUGAUUGAUGACUUUUUGGCUCGUUCAGCUGUGAAAAAGUGCCGUAGUUACUCUGAAACUGCAGACAUGAUUGCACAGGUUGCUUUCAAGAUGUACCUUGGGGUGACCCCUAGUGUGAGCUGCAGUAGUGCCACAGGGAAUGAAUUCUCCUUAAUCCUGGACAAAAACCCACUGGUGGACUUUGUGGAGGAGCUGCCAGCGGAACGAGCAUCGCUUUGCUAUUGUAACCUCCUCUGUGGGGUGAUUCGAGGGGCCCUGGAAAUGGUUCACUUAGCAGCAGAAGUUUCCUUCCUGCAGGACAGGCUGAAGGGUGAUGCUGUGACAGAAAUAGGAAUUACAUUUUUAAGGAAGCCUGAAGACAGAAAGCACAGAAGAAACAAAUGAAAGGAAUAUUGGGAGAAACCCUUGCUGAGGGACAUUUUGUGCCUUUUGUUUCAAAAGAAGACAGGGUAAAAAUGGCUUUGCUGAGUCAGCUGCACCAGUUAUGUGGUUGAAAGGUGAAGAGAGCUGGGCAGCAGAGAGGAGGGGCAGAGCAGGGGGCAGCAAUGUUAAUUGUCAUGACACAGGGAUCAGUAAAAAAGAUGCAAAUGAUCUGCCCUUCCUUCUCACAUACCCAGGCUCUUGAACUUAAUGGAAGCUUUACUUCCGUAUUUAGUGUGUGCUAAAUAUUUAUCUGUAUACCAACAGUUUUCAGGCCAAGGUGGUGACCUUUUCAGAUUUUGUUUGCCAGUAACUUUUCAAAGCAUGGCUGCUAGAGGUGCUUUAUUUUCCUGGCUGUGUGUUGUUAUCCUUAAAGGAUUCACUUGCUGGGAUUGCUGUAUGCAGUGUCUCACUCACACGUUUGAUGUGUAAUGCUUUGCCAUUCAUUGUCCUGCACACUGGACAUCCUGGUGUCUUUGAAACCAGGGAGGGAUGGGUUCACUGAUGGCAGGAGCUGGUUGUGUUCUUUCCAGCUCUUCAGGCCCCACCUGCAGUGCUGCUGGCACUCCUGUUCAGUCCUGUGCACACCCCAGGCUGCAGCACUCUGACAACUGCAGCAGUGCUUGUGUCUCUGCAAGCCAUGGGCCUUUUCAUGUCAGCCUUCUCUCCAAGAGCCCUGAUCUUGUGACCAAACUGAACAGAGCAUGAUGUAUUUAGUGUGUAGCCACUGUGGAUCUGUACCUGUCUAAGGAAGCUCGAAUUAAACUUCUGAGAUUGCCACAAAACUGUUUUGGUGCUCGUGUUUUCUGCUCUUGCCU